UUAUAAAUACGAAGAGAGGUGUAGAGCAGUAGUAGUUACUUAUAGUGUAAGGUCCAACCAAAGAAAAGAAACCCAAACUUCAAACACACUCUUUGCAUUUCUCCGAACACAUGACUCGUCCCUUCAGAUAUUUAGGCGAGCGCAACUCGUCCAACGACUCCGCCGUUGUCGACUCCGACUUCGUCGUCGUCCUCGCCGCCCUCCUCUGCGCACUCAUCUGCGUCCUCGGCCUCGUCGCCGUCGCGCGCUGCGGCUGUCUCCGCCGCCUCCGCCUCUCCUCUGCCCCCACUCCCCAGCCUCCUCCCGCUGCCGCCAACAAAGGCGUCAAGAAAAAGGUCCUCCGCUCCCUCCCCAAGCUCACCGCCACAGCCGAAUCCGCAGGUAAGUUCGCCGAUUGCGCGAUCUGCCUCUCGGAGUUCGCCGCCGGAGACGAAAUCCGAGUGCUGCCUCAGUGCGGACAUGGAUUCCAUGUUAGCUGUAUCGACGCCUGGCUCAGAUCGCACUCCUCGUGUCCAUCGUGCCGUCAGAUUCUGGUGGUUACUCGGUGCGACAAGUGCGGCGGGAUCCCGGCUCCGUCGAGCUCCAGCUCCGCGCCCCCGCCGCAGUCGGAAUCCGAGGCCAGAUUCAAGGUAAGGGAGGAUAACGGCAAUAGGUUCUUGCCUUAGGUUAAUCAUAUUAACUCUAAAUUCAUGAAUCCUUUUCUUUUAAAAUAUAUAUGUAAUAUAUAUGGCCUAUAUAGUAUGUAUAAUGUAUAAUAUGAACUAGUUGCUCGUGUGUAGUAUAGUGUCAGUUAGGAAUUAGUUAAUUAGUUUCAGAUUGAUAUGGUUAGUGCUGUAAUUAUCAGUUGUAUUAUUCCAUUUGUGCGCUCUCAGGGCAAUGGUGUGAUAUCUUAUUCUCUGCAACCUGCAUCAGUUUAGUUGAA